UCCCGGAGCCCGUAGGAGAGAGGUUAAAGGUCCUCCCACACAGAAUUUAUACGCAAGCGUAAAUUAAUAUUGGGAGCCCUAUAUCUUGCAGAGAGCCCAGUCCCUUUUUCGCGCCUGAAGGCUCCGCCCCCGCGGCCAAUCAGUAGGCCUUGCCCUUUGCAGUGGCCAAUGGCAGUGAGCGUGGGGGGCGUGGUCAGGCGUCCGGGGGUGCGGCCUGGCGCUAAGAGAAGCGGCGGGGUGAGCCGGGGGCUCUAGUGAACAGCGCAACCGGACGGGGAACGCCGGCGGGCGGCGAGUGGAGGCGGCCCGGGCCCGGCGGUCUCCGAGAUGUCACGAUGGCUAUGGCCGUGGUCGAACUGUGUGAAAGAGCGGGUCUGCCGCUACUUGCUGCACCACUACUUGGGUCACUUCUUCCAGGAGCACCUCAGCCUGGACCAGCUAAGCCUCGAUCUGUACAAGGGCAGCGUUGUCCUGCGGGAUAUACACCUGGAGAUCUGGUCUGUGAAUGAGGUGCUGGAGUCCACGGAGUCGCCACUGGAGCUGGUGGAAGGCUUCGUGGGCUCUAUCGAGGUGGCCGUGCCCUGGGCCGCGCUACUCACCGACCACUGCACCGUGCACGUGUCAGGCCUCCAGCUCACCUUACAGCCCCGCCAGGGCCCGGGGCCGGGAGCUGCCGACUCACAGAGCUGGGCCUCGUGCAUGACCACGAGCAUGCAGCUGGCCCAGGAGUGCCUGCGGGAUGGGCCGCCUGAGCCCUCUGAGCCACCACAGCCCCUGGAAGGACUGGAGAUGUUUGCCCAGACCAUUGAGACUGUACUGCGAAGGAUCAAGGUGACCUUCUUGGAUACUGUCGUGAGGGUGGAGCACUCGCCUGGUGAUGGGGAGCGUGGCGUGGCAGUGGAAGCCCACGUGCAAAGACUAGAGUACUGCGAUGAAGCAGUGCGAGACCCAAGCCAGGCACCGCCAGUGGAUGUGCACCAGCCCCCUGCCUUCCUCCACAAGCUGCUGCAGCUGGCGGGGGUCCGCCUGCACUUCGAGGAGCUCCGCCCACAGGAAGGACCCCCAGAGCCUCCUUUGCAGAUUGGCAGCUGCUCAGGGUGCCUGGAGCUGACAGUGAAACUGAAGCAAAAUGAGGCCUUCCCAGGCCCCAAGCUGGAGGUGUGUGGGCAGCUGGGCUCCCUGCACCUGCUCCUGACCCCGCGGCAGCUCCAGCAGCUUCAGGAACUGCUUGGCGCACUGAGCCUUGCAGACCCCGAGGGCCUGGUCGACAAGCUGAACAAGAGCCGCCCACUAGGUGCUGAAGAUCUGUGGCUGAUUGAACAGGAUCUGAAUCAGCAGCUGCUGGCGGGGACUGUAGCUGAGCCCCUCGGCUCAGACCCCCUUUCGAACCCCCUUGUCAACUUGGAGAGCACUGACCUCUUCUUCUCCAUGGCGGGCCUCACAAGCAGUGUGGCCUCAGCGCUGUCUGAGCUCUCCCUCUCCGAUGUAGACCUGGGCACCUCUGUGCACAGCAACGUGGCCUCCCGCCGGCUCUCUGCUCAGGGCCCCCCAACCGGCAAGACAGCCCCUGCACCCCCCUUGAACACCCUGCGCCCCGACUCGCUGCUGAAGAUGACCUUGGGGGGUGUGACCCUGACCUUGCUUCAGACAUCUGCCCCGUCUUCCGGACCACCUGACCUCACCACCCACUUUUUUGCGGAGUUCGAUGCCACCAAGGAUGGGUCCUUCGGCUCCCAUGACUUCUACCAUCUCCGACCGCGCUUCCAGAGGGCCUGUCCCUGUAGCCAUGUCCGGCUAACGGGUGCCGCUGUACAGCUUUCCUGGGAGCUGAGGACAAGUAGGGGCCGGCGGAUCACCAGCACGGAAGUGCACUUCGGGCAGCUGGAGGUGCUGGAGUGCCUAUGGCCCAGGGGCACUUCGGAGCCUGAGUACACAGAGGUCCUGAGCUUCCCCGGCAGCCUGCGACCCCAGGCCUCGGCUCAGCCUUGCGCUCACCUGCGCCACACGCAGACCCUGCGCCGGCUGCCCAAGAGCCGGCCCCGGCGCCCAACUGCCUGCCAUUGUCACUCAGAACUGGCCCUGGACCUGGCCGACUUCCAGGCAGAUGUGGAGCUGGGGGCCCUGGACCGGCUCGCUGCCCUGCUGCACCAGGCCACCACACCCCCUCCCGAGCAGCCGGCUGGCCUGCUGACAGAGCCCCCGCCAGCAGCUCAGCAGCAUGCAGUGGUGCGGCUCUCGGCACCCCGCGCCACGCUGCAGCUGCGCUUCCCCAUCGCUGACCUGCGGCCUGAGCGGGACCCCUGGGUGGGCGGGGCCGUGCGGGCCGAGCAGCUGCGCCUGGAGCUGACUGAGCCCCAGUUCCGGUCAGAGCUGAGCAGUGGGCCUGGCCCCCCAGCCCCCACCCGCCUGGAACUCACCUGCUCCGACCUCCAUGUCACCUACGAAGACGGAGAGAAGCCACCUGUCCCCUGCCUGCGGGUCUCCAAAGCCCUGGAUCCCACGAGCCCUGGGCACAAGUACUUCCUGCCCCAGGUAGUGGUGACCCUGAAUCCCCAGCUCAGCGCACAGUGGGAAGUGAUCCCGGAGAAGGGAGAGGAGCUGGAGUUGUCGGCCGAGAAUCUGUGCGAGCUUCGGGAGCCUGAGCCCUCACCCUUCUCCUCCAAAAGGACCAUGUACGAGACGGAAGAGAUGGUGAUUCCUGGAGACCCUGAGGAAAUGAGGACCUUUCAGAGCCGGGCCCUGGCGCUGUCCCGCUGCAGCCUGGAAGUGGUCCUGCCCGGCGCCCACGUCUUCCUGCCCAGCAAGGAGGUCUACGAGAGCCUCUACAACAGGAUCAACAACGACCUGCUCAUGUGGGAGCCCGCGGACCUGCUUCCCACCCCCGCCCCUGCCACUCGCCCCACUGGCUUCCCAGAUGCCUCGGGCUUCUGGCACGACAGCUUCAAGAUGUGCAAGUCUGCCUUCAAGCUGGACUCGGACUCGGACGACGAGGACACCCACUUCUCAGUGGGGGCAUCAGGCACCCCCCAGCACCUUGCCCCUGAGUCCCAGAGCCCUCACUCCCAGAGUACCUUCUCUACACUGGUGACGGUGCUAAAGGGUCGGAUCACGGCCCACUGUGAGACCAAGGACGAGUGCGGGAAGCGGCUGGAGGCCACGCACGGGGAGCUGGUGCUGGACAUGGAACAAGGCACCGUCUUCAGCGUCUCCCAGUACCGAGGCCAGCCGGGACUCGGCUACUUCUGCCUGGAAGCUGAAAAGGCGACACUCUACCACCGAGCGGCUGUGGAUGACUACCUGCUGCCCAGUCGCCUGGAGGUGCCCACCUUUGCUCCUCCGGCCCAGCUGGCCCGAACCAUCUACCCGUCGGAGGAAGGGAUGACUGAGCAAGGAGGCUUGGGCCGCAAAGGCCAGGGCCGGGGCCCCCACAUGCUGUCCACCGCGGUGCGCAUCCAACUGGACCCUCACAGGAACGUCAAGGAGUUCCUGGUGACACUGCGGCUGCACAGAGCCACCCUGCGCCACUACAUGGCCCUGCCAGAACAGAGCUGGCACUCCCAGCUGUUGGAGUUCUUAGAUGUCCUGGAUGACCCAGUGCUGGGCUACCUGCCUCCAACGGUCAUUACCAUCCUACAUGUACACCUGUUCUCCUGUGCCGUGGACUACAGGCCCCUCUACCUCCCCGUACGUGUCCUUGUCACUGCUGAGACCUUCACCCUCUCCAGCAACAUCGUCAUGGACACCUCUACCUUCCUGCUCAGGUUCAUCCUCGACGACUCCGCCUUGUACCUGUCCGACAAGUGUGAGAUGGAGACUCUGGAUCUGCGGCGAGAUUAUGUCUGUGUCUUGGACGUUGACCUUCUGGAGCUCGUGAUCAAAACCUGGAAGGGGAGCACUGAGGACAAACUGAGCCAGCCACUCUUCGAGCUGCGCUGCUCCAACAAUGUGAUGCACGUGCAUAGCUGUGCUGACUCCUGCGCCCUGCUGGUCAACCUGCUCCAGUACGUGAUGAGUGAGGGCGACCUGCACCCCCCUCCCCGGCCCCCCAGCCCCACAGAGAUCGCCGGCCAGAAGGUACAGCUCUCGGAGAGCCCUGCCUCCCUGCCCUCAUGCCCCCCAGUGGAGACAGCCCUCAUCAACCAGCGGGACCUGACCGACGCCCUCCUGGACACCGAGCGCGGCCUGCGGGAGCUGGCCCAGGCUUCAGGGAGCCCCUUCUUUCAGGCCUCUCCAGUGUCGGUCUACCUAUUCCCAGGUGAACGGAGUGGGGCUCAGCCCCCCUCGCCCCUGGUUGGGGCCCCCACUGGCAGCUUAGGGUCCCACCCAGAGGCCAAAGAAGAGGAGAAGGAAGAGGAGGAGGAUGGAGACACUCUGGACAGCGAUGAGUUUUGCAUCCUUGACGCUCCUGGCCUGGGCAUAUUGCCCCAAGAUGGGGAGCCCGUGGUGACACAGCUGCAUCCAGACCCCAUCAUAGUGCAGGACGGGCACUUCUCACAGCCGCUGGGCAGCACGGACCUGCUGCGGGCACCUGCCCACUUCCCAGUGCCCAGCAGUCGUGUGGUGCUGCGUGAGGUCUCCCUUGUCUGGCACCUCUAUGGGGGCCGAGACUUUGGCCCCCAUCCCGGACACAGGGCAAGAGCAGGCCUCACAGGCCCCAGGAGCUCCCCUUCUCGCUGCUCCGGCCCCAACCGGCCCCAGAACUCCUGGCGUACGCACGGGGGCAGUGGCAGGCAGCACCAUGUCCUCAUGGAGAUCCAGCUCAGCAAGGUAAGCUUCCAGCAUGAGGUGUACCCGGCAGAGCCAGGCCCCGUAGCCCCCGGCAAGGAGCUGGAGGAGCAGCCGCUGUCCCGCCAGGUGUUCAUCGUACAGGAGCUUGAGGUCCGAGACCGGCUGGCCUCCUCCCAGAUCAACAAAUUCCUGUACUUACACACGAGUGAGCGGAUGCCACGGCGCACCCACUCCAACAUGCUCAAGAUCAAAGCGCUGCACGUGGCCCCCAUGACCAACCUGGGUGGGCCCGAGUGCUGUCUCCGCGUCUCACUGCUGCCCCUGCGGCUCAACGUGGAUCAGGAUGCUCUGCUCUUCCUCAGGGAUUUCUUCACCAGCCUGGCGGCCAGCAUCAACCCUGUGGUCCCGGCGGAGACCUCCACUGAAGCUCACCCUGAGACCCCAGUCCAGCCCAGCGGCCCCCAGGAAGGGCAACCCGAGGGUGUGGAGACCACCAGCUCCCAGGAGGCCGCAGGCGGUAGACACGGCGCCUCCCCUGCUGAGCAGCAGCCCAUCUACUUCAGGGAGUUCCGCUUCACGUCCGAGGUGCCCAUUUGGCUGGAUUACCACGGCAAGCACGUCACCAUGGACCAGGUGGGCACUUUCGCAGGCCUCCUCAUAGGCCUGGCCCAGCUCAACUGCUCCGAGCUGAAGCUAAAGCGGCUGUGUUGCCGGCAUGGGCUCCUGGGUGUGGACAAGGUGCUGGGCUAUGCUCUCAACGAGUGGCUGCAGGACAUCCGAAAGAACCAGUUGCCUGGCUUGCUGGGGGGCGUGGGCCCCAUGCAUUCUGUUGUCCAGCUCUUCCAAGGGUUCCGGGACCUGCUGUGGCUGCCCAUCGAGCAGUACAGGAAGGAUGGGCGCCUCAUGCGGGGGCUGCAGCGGGGGGCUGCCUCCUUCGGCUCAUCCACAGCUUCAGCCGCCUUAGAACUCAGCAACCGGCUGGUGCAGGCUAUCCAGGCCACAGCCGAGACGGUGUAUGACAUCCUGUCCCCAGCAGCGCCCAUCUCGCGCUCCCUGCAGGACAAGCGCUCUGUGCGAAGGCUGCGGAAGGGCCAGCAGCCGGCCGACCUUCGGGAGGGCGUGGCCAAGGCCUACGACACAGUUCGAGAGGGCAUCCUGGACACAGCUCAGACCAUCUGCGAGGUGGCGUCUCGGGGCCAUGAACAGAAGGGGCUGACAGGCGCUGUGGGGGGCGUGAUCCGCCAGCUGCCCCCAACGGUGGUGAAGCCCCUCAUCCUAGCCACAGAGGCCACGUCCAACCUACUGGGGGGGAUGCGCAACCAGAUCCUCCCUGACGCACACAAGGACCACGCUCUCAAGUGGCGUUUGGACGAGGCCCGGGACUGAGCCCCGGGCACCCGGGACCCCAGGGCGCUGCCUGCCCACCUCGCCUGGCCAGCCCAGUGGCACUUGCUCCCGCACCUCCUGAGAGCUGGGGCCCACAGCUGGAUGGGCCAGGCCUUCAGGGGAUGGACCGGGAAGGACCCUGAUUGGCCCACCCACUGCCAGUCGCCGUGAGAGUGGAGCCUCCCUGCCUGGGCCCUCGGCCCUGCCUCUGCACUUUUCCUCUGGAGAGAAAGGACGCCGCCCCCACCAUCACCCGGGCCCACACUGCUGCCUUGUUCCAGGGUGGAGGCUCUCGGACCCUCCAUCCUUGUUCCAGGGUGGAGGCUCUCGGAUCAGCCAAGUGUCUUUCUGUGUCUCGGGGGGAGAUGGGGGAACGGACACCUUGUGGUUCAAUGUAUUUUUAAGUUCCUUGCGUGUGUGGGUCAGUGUCUGCAUGCAGUGGAAUAAACUGCCCACCGCCAGCCCCCUCA